AUGGCCACUGUUGAACCUAAAGCAAAGCGCUCCCCAUGGUCGCCGGAGUGCAGUGUCUCUGUGGACGAUAUUCGUCAGUUUUUGCUCGAUCUGGGCUCCUCAUUUUCUUCUCUCGAUUGUCGAGUGUUGGAAAUUGUUAAUUCUUCCAGCACCUGGAUAGAGAUUUAUUGCUCGAAGUCUGUGCUUCUCACAUGCAAUGGAACACCCGUCAAUUUGAACCGUCUGGUUGUGAACCCAGCAGGAACAUUCACUUUCGAGUGUCUCUUUGGUGGGCGAACGGAGGAGGGAGAGUGUGCCGAUGAUUUGGAUACGCUUACUCCGUAUUUGGAAAGUAUGCUACCUUCAUCGGACAUGAAGUUCUGCCCUGGGAUAGCUGACUAUGGGAAGCAAUUCGAAUCAGUACGUUUCCACACGAAGAAUUUGAGGAAGUGGACGUUUCCUUUUGUUCGCUUUGACAGCGAACACUGUUCUGUAUGGCACAAAGCAGGUCGAACUUUGCCACUUGAGGAGAAGAACUCCCCCAUUGUACCAUGCAAGGCUUGCAAAGCACUACAACAUGACCUGGAGCGGCUGGUGAAAAGGGCAACUGAAAGAAACCAAGAUGACAAGGCUGCAAGAGUGUCAGCAUCCUCCACUGUGCCCCUGAAGUAUCUGUCCCCUCACAGCCAUUCGGUGCGUGCUCGCAAUAAAUCAGAGGUUCAGCGGAUCACGAAGCGGCAGUUGGCUCGCUUGGAACAGUUUGACUUUGAACUAUGUGAGGAACAGUCUUCGGAACUGUCUGCUGUAUGCCAGGACAUCAGUUCCAGCUUUGCACCAGACCUGGAGGGAAUUUUUGAGGAUGCUGGAGAUGAGGCCGACAUUUUACGGGCUGCUUGGCAUUCCGAUGUUGUGGCCCAGGAGCAGUUCAACAAGGACCAGAAGCAAAACGCGUCUGGGUCCAAGGGCAACAGGUGGAGUAUGAUAACUUACCGGCUUGCUCUGGCCGUCUUCACCCGCAGUCCCGCAGCCUAUGAAGCCUUGAAGUCUUUUGGGAUUUUGCAACUACCAAGUGUGCGCUCUUUGAAGCAUUUUACGGGAGCACAUUUGGAUAACCCCGGGUGGUGUGAAGACAACAUGGUCUUCCAACUGCAGAAGUACAGUAACUUCAAGAAGGUGGCCGAAGCUGAGCAGCGGUUAGUCCCCACCGGAGAUGGUGUGAUGGUCUUUGACGAGGUCAAAGUUGUUUCCAAAGUUCUGUGGAACUCAAAAAGUCAGCAGAUAUAUGGUCUGUCCAUGACCAGUGAUGACCUGUCCAGCCUCCAUGAUGUAUAUACAGACUUGAAGGAUGAGAAAACGGACCGCACUGAGUAUAUACUUCAGACCCUAUGGCGGGACAUGUCGGGAAGUUUUGAUAUCAUUGGGCCCUACUACACCGCUGCCAAGACUCUGGAUGCCAAGUUCACUUUGGCCUGUGUAAUGGAUACACUGCGCCUUUUCCAUGCGUAUGACUUCAAGGUCAGUGCUUUGGUCUGUGAUGGUGCUUCAACGAACAUGGCCAUGAUCAAGUCUAUGAUGGGAAAAAGUGGUUCAUUCGGCAUGCAAGAGGAGGAGGGUCCGAAUCGACAUGACAUAAGGGCCUCGGUGGAACAUCCAGUUUGGGCAAAUCAUCGACUAUUUUUCAUCAUUUGCCCAUCCCACCAGCUCAAAAACAUGGUUAAUGCUUUGAGCUCGUCGUCUCGUGGUGGAGCUAAGGCAUUUGUCACCCAGGAAGGUGUUCCUUUUGGAUGGCAGACUAUUAUAGACAUGUACCAACGGGAGUGUGCCAAGAUGAGAGCAGGCGAGCCUCGCGAUGUGCCACAUCUCCGUAAGAACUUUGUUUAUAGGGACUCCUGGACUAAGUUGAAUGUUUUGCCAGCCAAAAUCAUGCAGCAGGAGAAAGUUCUGACCGAACUUGCUGUGCACUGCCUUAGCCAUCCUGCUGAUGUAGCAAAUGUUCAAGCAUCCCGGCAGUACCUUCUUGCUUGCAGCAAACUAUUUGAGGAAGGCACACUCUCCCAUGUUCCAGUACGCAGCCCCACAUGUACACCACUGCAGUCCAUCAAGUCAGGGUAUGCAUUCUUUGAGUCAUGGCUGAAUGGACUUUUACUGGACCCAGCCUUCACUGCCUCCUCUCCAAAGCAGACCUCAUUCUUGUCGUGGCAAACAUGGGACCUCCUCAGGAUAAUGUGCUUUGGCUUCGUGGAAUUCUGUGAGGACUAUGUCACACGUCAUCCAGGAUACUACAUUGUGCCAGUGAGAGUAUCGGGCAGUGCUGUGGAGACAUUGUUUUCCCAGCUUAAGCAUUCUGCCGGAGGCCGUUUGUCUGCAGUUAAUUACAGUACAGCCCGCGCAUCUUUGGCUUUGCAGCGCAACCUUCAUCCAGUCCAUGCAAGUGGCAAGGACUACCGUGAUGCUGCACUUGACUAUGAAAGUGUGCCACUACGUAGGAAGAAGUAA